UCAGCAUGGCAGAUCACGGAAAAAACAUUUCUUCAUUUGUAGUCUAGGGCUUUGCUUGGCACUGGGCUCUUUAGUAAACUUUCAUUUUGGCGCCACCACCGCACCAGGACAACCAACUCGCCACAUAAAAUCUACUGAUCCUGUGUUUCAAUUCCAAAUCCCAAAGUUCAUUGAAAUCUCCAAUCUUUCCCCUUUCUACUGCCAGUUUCUCAAUAAAAUCCACAAAUCUUUCUCUUAUUUGCGGCAUUCUCUAACCCACGGUCUUUUCACCUUCCACUAUAUUUUUUGUGCCAAAAUGGAGCCAGAAAUAAUUACAGACAAAACCCAGAUGAGAAAUUGGUCUAGGGCAAUAAGAUCUCAAGGAAAGACCAUAGCUUUAGUACCAACUAUGGGUUAUCUUCAUCAUGGCCACUUAUCACUCGUUGAAGAAGCUAAAAAGCUUGCCAAUGUAAUUGUAGUAUCAAUCUAUUUAAACCCAGGUCAGUUUUCUCCUUCUGAAGAUCUCUCUACAUACCCAUCUGAUUUCAACGGCGAUAUAAUGAAGCUUAUGUCUGUUCCUGGUGGGGUUAAUGCUGUUUUCCAUCCCCAAAAUCUAUACGAUUAUGAAAUUGAUAGGAAAAACGAGAAUUAUAAUGUUAAUUUUAGAGAUAGUGGAGAUAAUUGCAAAGGGGUUGUGUCUUGUGUGGAGGAAAAGGGAUUAGGGCAUGAAACAUGGGUGAGAGUGCAGAGAUUGGAGAAGGGUUUAUGUGGGAAGAGUAGGCCUGUGUUUUUUAGAGGGGUUGCUACUGUUGUUACUAAAUUGUUUAACAUUGUGGAGCCUGAUUUUGCUGUGUUUGGAAAGAAGGAUUACCAGCAGUGGAGAAUCAUUCAGCGAAUGGUUCGAGAUCUUGAUUUUUGCAUAAAAAUAAUCGGUUCUGAAGUAAUUCGGGACAGUGAUGGUCUUGCAAUGAGUUCACGCAAUGUGCAUCUUUCUGCUGAAGAGAGAGAAAAGGCCUUGUCAAUAAACAGGUCACUUUUUAAAGCUAAAUCACAUGCAGAAAAUGGCAUAAUAAAUUGUAGAGAAUUAAGAGAUUUGGUUGUCCAAGGAAUAAAUGAAGCUGGAGGAAAAAUUGAUUAUGCAGAGGUAAGAUUGUAGAUCAGGAAAGUUUGGAGACCGUGGAAGAGAUAAAAAGCCCAGUUGUAUUCUGUGUUGCCGCCUGGUUCGGGAAAGUCAGGCUAAUAGAUAAUAUUGAAAUCAACGCAUGAACGAAGAUAUUUACGAUACGCAGAUUAUUUUAGAUUUUAAUCUAUUAGAUUCUUUAAUAAAAGAAAUCUCAAGUAAUUUUCUUCUUGUUGGUUGUAUACUUGCAUAAAUAUUUUAGUCUUUCAAGUUCUUUUUUCAAUAUUUAUGGUAAUGCCAAUGAAAUCCCUUAUUUUAA